AUGAGCGUCUGUGUGAUCUGGCUAGCAGACCUUUGCGCAUGUUUGGCAGAUGUGCAGCUUCAUGGUACGCGUUGCAAAGCAGCAUCUUGCAUUCCCUGCCUGCGCCGAUUUGGCUCCAACACGUUGCAUGUUGAGAAUUCAAUCGACCUGGGUGCAACUUUUGAUUGCUGCGUCGAAUCAAUGAACUGUGGCGACGCGAACGCUUCCGGCGUUCACGAAGAUGCAGAUUCCGCCUUUCGGCAAAGGUCCAAGCUGCGACCGGCACCUCUGGUAACAGAUUUUCCAAAGGCAGAAUUUGACAUAUCUACGCCCCGAAACACGGGCGCCAAGUCCGAGGCCUCAAAGCACUUCAUUGGCACGCCCACCGCCACUGGCAUACUCAACGCUUUCCUGGAUUGCGAUCUCGAUACAGGAGACGAUUUUGGACCUCCUCUAGAGCCAGACUACGAUGCCAUCAAUGACUGCUUGCAAGGUGCUCUGGCAGCCUACGAGUACGCAUCGAUGUCUUUGGAUCCGCCCGAAAGUGAAUCCACGCAUCCUCGUGCGCUUGCGCUCGUGUCUGAGGCGGGUUUCGACCCGCCGCUCCCUCUGUCGUCCAGCUUGGCCAAGGAACUCAGCUCCGAGCAACUCUCGUCGUUGCACUCAUUGUUUGCCUCGGGGAGAGCUCAAGCCCAAGGGCGGGAAGAAGGGGGGGAAGAGCAGAUCGUGAGGGAGGCAGGAUCGCGUGGUGUCGGCUAUCACUUCCUGCAUUUGUUCAGCGGGCCAGCAGACCGCCCGGACGGCCUGGCGGCAUACAUCCGGCGUGCGGGGCACGACUGCGAAGAGUGGGACAUCGUGAACGGGGAGAAGUUUGACCUCGCCGACGAUGCUACCUUCCAGCACCCCAAGGGCCGCAUCUUGAAUGAGGAGUUCGCCGGGUGUUUGCUUGGACCUCCCUGCCACACCUUCUCGAACGCCAGGCAGGAGGAUGAUGGAGGGCCAAGACCAUUGCGGACCGCCACAGCUUCGGGCAUCUAUGGGAGAGCGGACGUCAUGCCGGAGGAGAAGGAGACCCUCAGGCUUGGCACGCUACUUGCUCUUCGUGCCGUCGAGGUGUUUGGAUUGUUUGUCUUACAAGGGAAGCCGACCAUACUCGAACAGCCGGCCCGUCGAGCGGGGCCAGGCUCAAUCAGCAUGUUCGACCUCCCCGAGUUUAAAGCGAUGCUGGGGGCAGAUGGCGUUUCGUGUGCGCGCAUAGCGCAGUGCAAUUAUGGCGCUGACACUGAGAAACCCACGGAGUUGAUGCACUACGCCGUGGACCUUUCGGACAGCGCAGGUUCGUGCCAACAUCCACAGACUCGGUGGAGGUUGCCGAGCACGGGGGCAAGCUUAUUUUGGGCGCACCCGUCUUUAAAGGGCAAAGAGGCUUACAUCUCUGAGAGCACUUGGGAUCCGAGCAUGCUUUUGUCUGACGUGGCGAGGAGACGGAAGUACAGGUUCGCCCCCUAUCUCACCAGAGCAGCGACCGCCUACCCAGAGUAUCUCGCGACGAAGCUCCUGCUGGCUGCUCGGUCAGUCUCACCGAAGGUGCGUAUGGCGCCUUGUGGGCAGAUGGAAGAACGCUUUGGUUCGCACCUGCACUUUGGACACCUGCGCUACUGGAGCAGGGAUGUCGAGUCAGCACAGUUUUUUGGAGGCCACUGUGGAGCCACGCUGGAGCCCAGCUCUGAAGGGGACCGAUCACCGCAGUCCUAA